UUGUCGGAGAAGCAAUGUUUGUCAAUCUGGCCGUGCUGCUGCUGCUGGUUUUGUCAGUACUGGAGCAAGUAGUGGGAACGGAUAAUAUUGACAUUUAUGACACCCCCCCGGAGAAACCUGCGAGCCAGAAAGGACGCCUCUCGCUGCAGAACACAGCUGAGAUUCAGCACUGCCUGGUGAGUGCAGGGGAUGUCGGCUGCGGUGUGUUUGAGUGCUUUGAGAACAACUCCUGCGAGAUACGAGGGCUACAGGAAAUCUGCAUGACGUUCCUGCACAACGCUGGCAAAUUUGACUCUCAGGGGAAGUCCUUCAUCAAGGAUGCUUUGAAAUGUAUGGCGCAUGGUCUGCGACACAAGUUCGGCUGCAUCAGCAGAAAGUGCGUGUCCAUUAAGGAGAUGGUGUUCCAGCUCCAGAGAGAGUGCUACAUCAAACACAACCUGUGCUCUGCCGCUAAGGAGAACGUGGCCGUCAUGGUGGAGAUGAUCCAUUUCCAAGAUCUAUUCCCCAAAGGUCCAUAUGUAGAGCUGGUGAAUAUUCUCCUGAGUUGUGGAGAGGAAGUGAAGGAGGCGCUGUCACGCAGCGUCCGACUACAGUGUGAGCAGAACUGGGGGGCCCUCUGCGACAGCUUGAGCCUCUGCACCUCAAUGGCCCCGUCUCCUGCCAGCACCCCAGUCGAAAACCGCCGCCACCUCAUGCCUUCACAGCCUGAACCGGAGCACCCUCGCCUGCCGCGGCAAGGUGAAAAGGAGAAAGCUGGUAAGGCAGGCUUCAGCUCUCACCCACGUAACCGCAGCCAGGGACCCCGCCGUCAUAGUCCGGAAGCUGGAGUGGUGGCUGAGGAGGAAGACCCCAAGGCCACCGACAUCCGGAGGUGAAAGCUCAGGAAAUGGACUUUUGACCUCCUACACCAUUUAAAAGCCACACUUGCAGACUUGUGUACACCUUCACACAACUACAAACACACACAUAUUCACACACCUUUCAACACACACACACAAAUUCCCAUAGACUGAGCUGAAGGAAACAAGCCCCGACUUUUCCUAUCCUUAUUCCGCCCUUUCUAGUCAUUCCAGCAGUCCCACAUGGUAAAUGUGCAGGGUAAUCAUGGUGUAGCUCAUGCCAGACUGUAGGCCACAUUAUCAUUAUUAUUAUUAUUAUCAUUAUUAUUAUUAUUUUAAAAAUGAAUAACAAUUGUUGACUAUUUCAGCUGUUAGGACUAUUUUGGCUCUAAUAUAGCAUUUUCUCAAAUCAUACUCACUGUAAGAUUUGAUUAUAUUUGUAUUAUUUAUUUUAUUCUUUAUGCAAAGUUGAAAUAUCAAUAUGUACAUAGAAUAUCUAUAUUUAUAUGAACAUGUAUAAAUAUAGUUACAAUAUGCAAUACUGAUGACAUAGUAUAUGGUGUGCUGUCUGUCAUUCUCUUCACAGUAUUGCACCCAUCACACAAAGGUCUGUAGAUAUGUAACAUACACUAUUUGCUGUUUUCAAAGUGGAGAUAUGUAUUAUAACUAUAGAUACUUGAUGAUUAAUACAAAUUGUACAGGAUUUAAGUCCAGUUCUGGCACAUAUGAAUUGUAGUGCAUGACGGCCAUUAAAUGUGUGCAUUCUUCAAAGUGUAAGUCCACUCGGAAGAGAAUGAAAAUGUAAUGCUACGAAUAUGAGCAGUUAGUUCACACUUGUAUGUAUCGAUAAGUCUCUCGCAAAGCUAGAAAUAAGAGCGCAGAGACGCUUCGUCGAUGUCACCCUGGCACCGCUCUCUGGGCAGCAGUCAAUGGGGAUCUGUAUGCUUCACGAGUAUUAGAUAUAUUCUAUUCACGUGUCUUACUUUAAAUGCAAGUAUCACACCACUCUCAUUCAUUGUUAAUAGAGCUCUGGAAACUGUGUGUCAGAGACAUUGCAGAUCGGUGUCAGUGUGUUUGGUUUCAGGAGCCGUCACUCAUGUUCACAAACAGCAGCUGAAAUGUCAAAUGUGUGACUGUCAGCUAUCAGCGGCAAAGAG